UUGUCUCAGAUGGAGAGGCUGCACUCAGCAGAUAUGGGAUCAGGCAGGAGGAUGUAUCGGAGCCAGCUGUUGCUCCUGGACUUUGUGGGGUUUUUCUGUUUCAUUUCUCUGGCUAGUGGAUCUCCAAUGGAGGUGAUGUCUGCCCCCAAUCUCCUGCGAGUAGGAACUGAAGAAAACAUCUUUGUUGAAAUUCAAGAUAAUGCUGGUGAAAAAAAUGUUAAUGUCAAUAUCAUUGUGAGGAACUUUCCAAGAAAAGACAUUAUGCUGGCAUCAACAACUGUGACCCUUACUAAGGAAAACAAAUUCCAGGGUAUUGGAAAAAUUAUGAUCCCUGCUGAGCGCUUCAGCAAUGAUCCCAAUAUAAAACAGUAUGUUCACCUACAAGGAGAGUUUGGUACCCAAACACUGGAGAAGAUUGUGUUAAUCUCCCUUCAAUAUGGGUACAUCUUCAUCCAGACUGACAAGACUAUCUAUACUCCCAGUACCACCGUCUUUUACAGGAUUUUUGCAAUGAGGCCAAAUAUGGAGCCCGUAGACAAGAACUAUCAACCGGGAACUGAUACUUCUGUUGUUGUUGAUAUUGUGAACCCUGAUGGAAUUAUUUUAGAAUCAAAGCUUGUCCUUGUAGUGUCAGGAAUCUACUAUGGAAGUUAUUUCCUCCCUGAAAUUGUAAGUACAGGAACGUGGAAGGUGGUGUCAAAAUUUAACACCAACUUAAAGCAAACCUUUGAGGCAGAAUUUGAAGUGAAAGAAUAUGUGCUUCCCAGUUUUGAGGUUAAACUGACAUCCCAGGUCCCCUUUUUCUAUGUGGACAGUGAUGAGCUCACCAUCAACAUCAAAGCGACAUAUCUAUUUGGUAAAAAGGUGGAUGGCACAGCCUUUGUGGUGUUUGGAGUUCUAGUUGGUAAUACAAAAAACGGCAUUCCAAGUUCUCUUCAAAGAGUGGAGAUCAAUGAAGGAGAAGGAACCGUUAAACUGAAAAGGGAACACAUUGCACAGACUUUUCCAAACAUCAAUGAUUUGGAAGGAAACUUUAUAUUUGCUGCGGUCAGUGUGUUGACAGAGAGUGGUAGUGAGAUGGUGGAAGCAGAGCUGAGAGGCAUCCAAAUUGUCAAAUCACCCUACACCAUCAACUUCAAGAAAACACCCAAAUAUUUCAAACCAGGAAUGUCGUUUGACGUCACAAUUCAAGUUUUGAACCCUGAUAACACUCCAGCAAAAGAUAUUCCUGUUGUGGUGAAUCCUGGUGAAGUGAAAGGGCACACUGCAGACAACGGCAUGGCAAAGCUAAGCAUCAAUACAGUGGAAAACAGCGAAAACAUCAUUAUUACUGCAACGACUGCUGUUGAGAACAUUUUACCAGCAAGGCAAAGAUCUGCUACCAUGAUAGUUACCCCUCACACAAGCAGAAAUUACAUUCAUAUUGGACUGGAAACAGCUGAGGUGAAAUUAGGACAAAACCUCAAAUUCAGCCUAAACCUUAACAGAAACGAAGAAUAUGAUAUCACAUAUCUGAUCCUGAGCAGAGGUCAGCUGGUAAAACAUGACAGAUUCCGGGCAGAACGUCAAAUUCUGAUUUCUCACAAUGUUCUAAUUACCAAAGAGAUGUUGCCAUCAUUCCGCAUCAUAGCGUACUACCAUGUAAAUACUGAAGUGGUAUCAGACUCCGUUCAGGUGGAUAUACAGCACUCCUGCGUAGGAGAUCUGAAGCUGGAAGAAAAAGAAAAGAAACAUAAUAACUAUAAGCCUCGCGGGAAGUUUGAACUGAAGGUCACAGGAGAUCCAGGAGCCACAGUGGGAUUAGUGGCAGUUGACAAAGGCGUCUACGUCAUAAACAACAAACACCGCCUCACCCAGAAAAAGAUUUGGGAAAUAAUAGCGGCGUAUGACACAGGCUGCACACCAGGUGGAGGAAAGGACAGCAUGAAUGUUUUCUAUGAUGCUGGACUGUUGUUUGUGGCCAGCACUACUUCUGGAACACCACAUAGAACAGAUUUGAAGUGUCCUGCCACCAGCAGAAGGAAACGAUCUACCACUUUGAUUGACCUCAGAACCAGCUUGAUAUCUAAAUAUCAGGACAAAGAACAAAUUGAGUGCUGUUUAGAUGGCAUGAAGGAUGUUCCUGUUCCAUACAUUUGUGAGAGGCGACGCGACUAUAUUGUGGGUGGUCCAGGCUGUGCAGAGGCUUUCCUUCACUGCUGCAAGGAGAUGGAAAAAGUGCAUGUUGACAGGAAAGUGGAAGCCCUCAAACUGGCUCGCAAUGAGCUUGAUGAUGAUUACAUAGACAGCUAUGACAUCUCUGUUCGGACGAGCUUCCCCGAAAGCUGGCUUUGGAUUAACUUCACACUACCAAAUUGCACUCAAAACAUCAAAAACUGCCGUACAACAUAUGAGAAAAAUGAUAUACCUUUACCUGACUCAAUUACAGCCUGGCACUUUACUGGCAUUAGUAUGUCAAGGACUCAUGGUAUCUGUGUGAAUGAUGAUUUAGAGAUCUUAGUACAGAAGACAUUCUUCAUUGAUCUCAGACUGCCAUACUCUGCAGUCCGUGGAGAGCAGCUGGAAAUUAAAGCAAUUCUCCACAACUAUGAAGAAGAGCUUAUCAGAGUGCGUGUGGAUCUGAAAGAAGAAACCAACUUGUGCAGUGCAGCUCAUAAGCGCGGGAAGUAUCGUCAGGAGGUCACUGUUGGGAGUGGAACAACACGGGCUGUAGCAUUUACCAUUAUCCCCAUGAAGGAAGGACUUUUUCCUAUUGAGAUUAAAGCAGCUGUUAGAGAUGGUGGCAGUGAUGGUAUCAGGAAGAUGCUGCGGGUAGUGCCUCCAGGUGUACUGACGUAUAAUACAAAAACUCUACUAUUAGACCCUGCUAGGAAAGGAAGAGAUGGCAAACAAGUGGAAAUCAUCAAGAGUGCCAUUCCUGAAACAGAUAUGGUUCCAGAUACAGCUGCAAGAACACAAAUCUUUCUAAGUGGAAGAGAGCAAAUGAGCACACUAUUGGAGAACGCCAUUAGUGGUAAAUCUAUGGGGACUCUAAUCAAACAGCCCGGUGGCUGCGGAGAACAGAACAUGGCUAGCAUGACCUUGCCUGUUAUUGCAACCAUGUAUUUGGACAAAACAAAUCAGUGGGAGUUUGUGGGCUUUGAAAAGCGUAACGAAGCUCUUCAACACAUAACAACAGGUUAUACAACUGAACUUACUUAUCGAAAGCAAGAUGGCUCUUUUGCAGUCUUCCCCUACAAAGAUGGCAGCACCUGGUUGACUGCCUACGUUGCCAAGGUUUUUGCAAUGGCUUAUUACCUGAUCAGAGUGGAUGAAGAUGUGAUCUGUGAUGCCAUCAAGUUUCUCAUCCUGAACACGCAGCAACCUGAUGGCAUGUUUAAAGAAGUUGGAUAUGUGUACAGUCAAUCGAUGCGUAGCGAUCUGUUAGGAACAGAUUCAGAUGCCUCCAUGACAGCCUUCUGCCUGAUUGCUAUGCAGGAGUCUCGAGAAAUUUGCAGGUCCUCUGUUAAUAGUUUACAAAACAGUAUUAAUAAAGCAGUGGCCUACCUGGAGAAGCGUCUACCCAGCCUCAUUAACCCUUAUUCUGUUGCAAUGACAUCAUAUGCCCUGGCUAAUGAAAACAAACUGAACAAGGAGAUCCUCUUCAAGUUCAUCAGUUCAGACAGAACCCACUGGAACGUACGUGGUGAACGUUAUUACACACUGGAGGCCACAGCUUAUGCUCUGCUCGCACUUAUCAAGGCUGAGGCCUAUGAGGAAGCCACACCUAUUGUGAGAUGGCUUGGCAAGUACCAACAGGGAGAAGGAGGUUAUGGGUCAACUCAGGCUACCAUAAUGGUGUACCAGGCAAGUUCAGAGUACUGGAUCAAUGCUAAAGAACCAGAGUAUAAUGUGGAUGUAGACAUCCUGCUACCCGGCAGAACAAUGACUGACAAGUACAGCUUCAGCAAGGCAAAUCGUUUUACCACAAGAACAUCAAAGUUCCCUGCUAUAAACAAGGAUAUACAAGUGAAUGCCACAGGAAAUGGAGAAGCAGUUUUAAAGAUCAUGUCGCUGUAUUACGCUCUGCCUAAGGUAUUAGAGAAGGACUGUGAGUUGUUCAACUUGUCUGUGCAGAUUGUCCCAGAGAAACUAGAUGAAGAUGAGAAGAUAUACAAGCUGACAAUAGAGGUUUUGUUUAAAGAGGAGCGCAAUGCAUCCAUGUCAAUUAUAGAUGUUGGUUUGCCAACUGGAUUCACAUUUAACAAAAAUGACUUGGAUGCUUUGUCUAAAAGCCACUCCAGGAUCAUUUCAAGAUAUGAAAGCAAUACGGAUCUUUCAGAAAGGGGCUCACUCAUCAUUUACCUGAAUAAGAUUAGUAGCGUACAGCCAGAGAUAAUCACUUUCAGGAUCCAUUCAACUAUGGAAGCAAGCUUCUUGCAACCAACUGCAGUGUCCGUCUAUGAAUACAACAACAAGAAACCUUGUGUGAAAUUCUAUCACCCUGAAAGGAAAAAUGCAACACUAUUAAGUCUGUGUAGUGGAAGAAAGGAAUGUGUAUGUGCAGAAGAGAAUUGCAGUUUUCAGAGAAAGAAUGAAGUCGGCAAUGAAGAUCGCAUUGCAAAGGCCUGUGAAGUUGCAAAGGAUGGCAGUAUAGAUUUUGUUUACAAAGUGAGAGUGGAAGAGUUGGAACCCUAUUGGUCCACUGACUUUUACAGAGUACAAAUUCUUGAAGUCAUCAAGGAAGGAAAUACCGAUGUUGGUCCAGAAGGUCAACCACGCAUAUUCAUUAGCUCUCAGCACUGCAGAAAGGCUCAGGGUCUAACAGCAAGUAAAACCUACCUUAUCAUGGGCACAUCCAAAGACAUUUACAAAGAUGAUGAAAAAAGAAUAUACCAGUAUGUGCUUGGUGAGAGAACCUGGAUUGAGUACUGGCCCACAACUGCCGAGUGCCAGACUAGGGAAUAUCAUUCUACCUGUGUGGGAAUACAGGACCUGGUCCAGGUAUACAAACUCCAUGGAUGUCCAAGGAAGUGAACCUGAGAACUACAUAGAAUUCUACUUUUUGUUUUGAAUUUACAAAAUUUACAAUUCUGAUAUGGGAUGCAAAAGUCGUAAUAUUGCAACAGAACUGUUAAUUAAAAUAUCCAUAUGUGUGCUAAUUGAAAGUAGAAUUCAAGUUAAAUACAGGUCAGUAUGGAUUAAAGUCUUUCAUGGGAUAAAGCAAUGCAAUAAACACGAUAAACUGAAAAGACAAACCUUACCUAAUAAUAUCAUCUUCAGCUCUUUAGAUGCUAGCGUAAUAAGUAGUUCUACUAGCACAUGCUACCUUUGUUAACAAUACUGAAUUUUGCUUCUUUAUUUUCUCUCAAGCAGUUAAUAAACAUAAGCUUGAUAUGAAAUGA